CGGCGACCAAACAAUCCAGAGGCCACACCCACCCACCACCUACACGCAUCGGCGGCGUGCGCGAGGCGAUCGGAGCACCCGGUCCCGACGAGGAGGAAGGCCGGCCGGCGACGCGGGGAAGAAGGAUGGGGAAGGUUCCGGUGCGGAUGAAGGCGGUGGUGUACUCGCUGUCGCCGUUCCAGCAGAAGGUGAUGCCGGGGCUGUGGAAGGACAUCACCACCAAGAUCCACCACAAGGUCACCGAGAACUGGAUCUCCGCCACGCUCCUCCUCGGCCCCGUCGUCGGCACCUACCAAUAUGCGAUGUGGUACAAGGAGCAGGAGAAGCUAUCCCACAGAUACUAAAUGAGAGGUCGUCCAAGUUGACUGCCACAGCAGCUGGAUUUUUCAUGAUGGAUUCUAUAAUCCUCCAAGGAUGAUUAACACUUGUUGGAUGCAUUUUGGUUGUACUCCUUUUCGCCUUCCCAUGCAUAUACGACAUCUGUGCCUUGCAAACUUGUUUGAGGCUUGCGACAUUUGGUGGCAUCUUCUGUCGCUGAAGAAUUUGUUAAAUAAAUUAAAUUAACUGCCUAUUUCGUUUGGUUUUCUCAA